AUGGAAAACGUGAAGGAAAUACCCAUUAAAGUGUAUACUUUCUGGAAUGAGAAAGACAAGCCUGAAGUCAGGAGAUUCGGAGUUGUAAAAAGUAGUGUUGACAGCUUCUUUUUACUGAGUCAAAGACUUCUGGAGGUAUACCCUGGACUUAAGGACAAGAACUAUAUUGUUUCUUGGAAAGAUAACGAUGGUGAUGAUGUUGUCAUUUCCUCGGACAUGGAGUUGAAAACUGCUCUGCAAUUUACAAAUUACAAUGACCUUAAACUUUAUAUCUACUGCAAAGGAGAGGUUAAGAAGCCAGAGAGCAAUAUUUUCAUUGGUGCAACCAACAUCCCAGGAUGCCCUGCCCAGAUGCCUACAGUUAUUCCUGGAAACAUACAUUUAGGCGUUAUCUGUGAUUCCUGUGACAAUACGAUUGUCGGCUUUCGUUACAAGUGCACCGUUUGUGAUGACUUUGACUUGUGCUCGCAAUGUGAAGCCGCAGGCUGUCAUCCGGAACAUUGCAUGGUCCGAGUGCCUACUGCAACUAUGCCGAGGACUUUGAUUAAAGCAGCAAUCAAGAGAUCCCGUCAGUUCCUUAAGUCCGUUUCUAGUAAUGUUGGCGAAGAGUGCGCCUAUAUGAAGCGCCGUCGCGAUAGGAGUGGUGAGAGAAAGCACCGCGGUCACCAUGGUGGACAUCACGGUCCCCAUGGUGGACAUCACGGUCCCCAUGGUGGACAUCACGGUCCCCCUGGAGGUGACCACCAUCGUCGUCCUCGCUCCAGUUGGUUGGAAACAUUUGCAACUUACAUGAACGAAUUCGCUAAUCUUGCUGGCGAUAUUGAUCUUAGUGAUGACAAGGCCAAGGUGCCGCAAACAAAACCAGAAGAACAGCAGCCGCAAGGAACUCAGGAGCAGGUGAAAAAGGCUGCUAACGAAACUGUUGAGACUCCAAAACAACCAGAGCCUACUACUUCGGCAAAUGUGGAGACUGAAAUCCCUGUCAUUCCACCAGUUCUUAAUGUCGAAAACAUCAAAGGUUUGCUACAGAUGUUCUUACAAGAUAUGCAUUCUUCUGUAAUACAAAAGGAAAAUGAUGUGGAGAUGGGACAAGGCGACAGGAAGACUCCAGAAGCUGAUAAUGUCACUGUGAAUUCGGGGACUUCAAUGAAAUCAGCCAGAUCUGGGUCGAAGUCAGGCUCAGUUGUCUCAGAAGCAACUGCUGAUUCGAGCAUCAAUACUGAUUUCUACAAGGAAGCUUCCCCUGAAAAAGCUGAUGACUGGACUAUGAUAAAUAAGGAGAAAGAUUUAAUGGAUGUGGGUACUACUACCCAAACUGAAGAUAUCCCCCCCAUUGGGUUUAAUCUGCCUGAAGAGUUCCAAGAACGCGUUAGAAUCAACGAGGGAGCCAGUCUUUACCCACCACUGUAUUCAUCUGCUGCUGUGUUGAAUCCUAAAGUACCGGAGGUGACCCCGGGAGCGCCCCCGUCCGCCCCCGUGGCCGAGGGCGCCACUGCUGCGCCCGCGCAGCCUGCCCCAGCGCCCGCCCCGCAGCCGCAGCAGACCUCGCCACAGUCGCGACCUCAACCCAGGCAGCGCCAUCCAAAGCCUCACAUCGAUGCAGCAAUUGAGCAAAUGAUGAAAAUGGGCUUCACAAACGAUGGUGACUGGUUGACUCAACUUCUCGAACACACAGAUGGCAAUAUUGCCUCUGUACUGGACCUGCUUACUCCAGUUAACCCCAAGAAGUAA